UGGCAGCAAGCACGACAUUUCCAUUCGGAUACGUUUAUGUCUCCUGAGAGAGCCAGGGCCAGCCCUAACUAGUAACUAACGAGUCCUGUAAAAAUAGCUCUCCCCGUCCUAAGAAAGGGUUUCCAAGGAACAUAAUUUCCAGAGGGUGAUUUCUGGUUCAGUUUUUAGAAAGAGGUGCUCCCCGUCUGCUGACCGGGCCAAGUCACUUUCUCCAUUCACACCCCUUCUGCUUUUCUGCAGACUUUUCCACCCUUGGGGGCGGCCUUACCUCUUUUUUUCCUUUGCUGAUUGUUAGCUCAUCCCUGAAAGAAGCAACAGCUCACUUCAGUUUUUAGCAGCUUAAAACAUGUCCUCUUCUCAAGAAUAUUUUCCAGUGGUAGUGCCAGUGGCACUUGCACUGCGCCAUAUGCUUGUGGGGACUGCAGUUCUCAGCUUUCAGAGAGAGCCCUUCGUGAGGGGUCUUGCAGGUGAUUUGUUGUAGUUGUUACGGAGUCCAAGCUUGUCCCCCUGGCCAGCAGGGCAGGCCAGUAAGUCAAGUUUUGGGGGCAAGGAAUAGUGACCUUAUUCAGAAAGCCAGCAGACCGAGAAGAUGGUAGACUGGUGUCCCAAAGGAGUUAGAAUUCAGGCUUUUAAACUAAAAGGGGCGGGGAUGUGGUUGGUAGAAUUCAGGCUUUUAUACUAAAAGGGGCGGGGCCGUGGUUGGUUGUUGCAGACUUCUUGGGGUCAGAAUCCUUUGUUCUUGCAGCUGUCCCCUUAGGUCAGGUCACCAUGUUCUGUGAACCUCCAGCAAGAUAAAUGUUACUCUCUUCUGCAGCUUUUCCUCUGUAUAUGAAUGGAAAAGUGUUACACCCUUCAAGGUCAGAGCCUUCUGUAUAUUUCAGGCUCUAGGCAACAUUCUUAAAUUGUAGCAAAAGUGGCAGAACAGGAAGGUUAAAGUGAAAGACACAGAUCCAGCAUGGAGUCAGGCUGGCUCUUCCCUCUUACAUACUGGUCCUUACGGUUGUGAGUGUUGCACUUUUUCUGUUGCAUUGUUUCUUUGAGUGAGAUCGCCGGGUGGGGUUCCCCGUGGGUGUACUAGGAAUGCCCAUGACGGCCUGUCCGGCUGGGAACGUGGGCUGGAUUCCCACCGUGGGGAACAGGGCGAAGACCUCAGACCUGAGAGCCGGAGAGCCUGCCUCAGCUGGAUCCGAGUCUCCCGGAAAUCUAGAAAUUAGAGCAAAUCACAUGACUGCAUGCCCAGCAGAUUCCCACUUCUCCUUUAAUCUUGAGGGUGAAACUAAAGGUAAUUUUUUAACUUUGAUGCCUAAAUCCUUUCAGUUAUUAUUUAUUGCAGUAUGAUUUAAAGCACAUUUUAGAACCGAACCAACGGUUUCUCUUCCAUUCACUCUCCUACUCGAUCAAACCUCCCUGGGUCAUUUAGAAAAUGGUGGUUUGCCGUUAAAACUAACUGGAGGGCAGACGCUUGGUCAUUCUAAUACUGCAGAGAGAACCCAGUGCAGCGUGGACUUUCGUGGAUUGUAUUACGGGUUGUGUAUCUUCCUGGAGUCAUGCGCUUUUAACCCUUCUCCAUUCCGUCCAGUUUUCUUUCCUUUUCCUACAGGGUAAGCACAGCUUUAGUCGUGUAGGUCAGCGUUAGUUACAAGCCUAAAGGAACUCAGAUUUGGCUGUGUGUGUCAGUGGGGGUUACAGUUAUUUGGUCAAGAUAGAAGCCUGUUUGCACCGCAGCACUGUGAGACCAGGAAAAAGGUCUAUUGAAACAAAUCAUUCACUCUUGUCACAAGCUGGAUGAGCAGAAGUUUUAGGUCAUGGACACUUACUCAGAAAUCAUCACUGAAGUGUGUUAUUGCAUUGCAUUUACUUUUGGAACAUUUCUUAGGGUUAAGUUAGAUAAUUUGUUUCCUGCAACUAAAUUUAUACACUGUAGGUAAAUCUUUGUAGUUUUUAAGAAUGAUUUUCACUUAGUGACAAACAGAAACCUAUGCAGCUUUUGCUCUGCAAGUGCUGAAGGAACAAGGUAUUUGGGAGUAAAGAGAGUAGUUUUCCACGGGUGAGCACCAGUCUAGAAAACAGUGAAUCUGGAGCGUUCACGGUGGCGCCCAGGGACUCAGCAGUGUCUCUCGGGGCAAGGGAAGGGUUACGUUUUCAGUUCAGGCCGCAGAGACUAAAGCGGGAGGCCGAGCGCGGCCCCGGCCCCGCAGCAGAGAUGCCCGCGCCGCGAACGAGCGCGCUCCCAUCCUGGUCCCCCGACCUCCCUCCUCCCCCUCUCCUUCCUCCUCCCUCUCCCCCGCAGGAAGCGCCCGGCAGCUUCCGCCCGGGGCUCCCCCGUCCGGACCGACCGGACCGCGGGGCGCAGCGGGCCUCCCUUCCGCGGGACCGGACGACCGAGCGCAGUGCAGCCACGUGGGCCGCAGGCGGGGCUGGAGGCCAGCGGGCGAGGGACGCGGGCGCAGAGCCGAAACCUUACAGACACAUGAAGCCUUCAACCAUCUGGAACUCAGAAACUCGACUGGGACUGACUGUGGCUUCUAGACCGUCCAGGUGUUCUGCAGAUGUGAAAACUUAUCCCGCACUCGUCAGCUGGAGCCCCGAAUAGAUGCAAGGCUCGAGCUCCGGCUCUCACAUCUCUGAGCACAGAGGGGUCAUCUCCUAAGUGGCCAGGGAGCAGUUGUUGACACUGAGGUCUGAUUGCUGCACACGACCCGUCACCUUACGGGGCUGCGCUGGAGAAAGUCAAGUUCAGGGUUGUGAGUUUCCCGACUCUCGUGAAUUAGGAUUCCAGACGCGGGCCUCAUUUCUGUAGCGCCCACCAUCCCUGUAGGCAUCACCACCACCACCACCAUCACCACCAGCAUCUUCUUGGAAACUCCACCACUGCAUCACUGCACACAGUUGGAAACCUCCCCUGAUCGCCAUGGCCUGCCCUUUCCUAAAGGUUUUGUUGGUGGGGGUGAGUUUCCUGGGAUGUCUUUAUCCUCUCGUGGAUUUUAGCUUCAGUGGGGAAACAAGAGAACAGAAACCGAAUUUCGUGAUCAUUUUGGCAGAUGACAUGGGGUGGGGUGACCUGGGAGCAAACUGGGCAGAAACGAAGGACACUGCCAACCUUGAUAAGAUGGCUGCAGAAGGAAUGAGGUUUGUGGACUUCCACGCGGCUGCGUCCACCUGCUCGCCCUCCCGGGCCGCCCUGCUCACCGGCCGGCUUGGCCUCCGCAAUGGAGUCCCUCACAACUUUGCGGUCACCUCUGUGGGGGGCCUUCCACUCAACGAGACCACCUUGGCCGAAGUGCUGCAGCGGGCUGGCUACGUCACCGGGUUGAUUGGCAAGUGGCAUCUUGGACACCAUGGCUCUUAUCACCCCAACUUCCGUGGGUUUGAUUACUACUUUGGAAUCCCGUACAGCCAUGACAUGGGCUGCACUGAUACCCCCGGCUACAACCACCCCCCUUGCCCGGCAUGUCCACGGGGCGGUAGACCGUCAAGGAACCCUGAGAAGGACUGUCACUCUGACGUGGCCCUUCCUCUCUAUGAGAACCUCAGCAUCGUGGAGCAGCCCGUGAACUUGAGCGGCCUCACACAGAAGUAUGCCGAGAAGGCCACCCAGUUCAUCCAGCGGGCGAGUGCCAGCGGAAGACCCUUCCUGCUCUACGUGGGCCUGGCCCACAUGCACGUGCCCCUGUCCAGGACCCUGCUGUCAGCAGAACCCGGGGGUCGAAGGCCGUACAGCGCGGCUCUCCGGGAGAUGGACAGCCUCGUGGGCCAGAUCAAGGACAAAGUUGACCUCACGGCUAAAAACAACACAUUCCUUUGGUUUACAGGAGACAAUGGCCCGUGGGCUCAGAAGUGUGAGCUGGCAGGGAGCGUGGGGCCCUUCACUGGAUCGUGGCAAACUCGUCAAGGGGGAAGUCCAGCCAAGCAGACCACCUGGGAAGGAGGACACCGUGUCCCAGCUCUGGCUUACUGGCCCAGCAGGGUCCCCGUCAACGUCACCAGCACUGCUUUGCUAAGCGUGCUGGACAUCUUCCCCACCGUGGUGGCCCUGGCUGGGGCCAGCCUGCCCCAAGGCCGACACUUUGACGGUCUGGAUGCCUCGGAGGUGCUGUUCGGCAGGGCGCAGGCUGGGCACAGGGUGCUGUUUCACCCCAACAGUGGGGCGGCCGGAGAGGACGGAGCCCUUCAGACUGUCCGCGUGGAGCGGUACAAGGCCUUCUUCGUCACCGGUGGGGCCAGAGCCUGCGAUGGCAGCGUCGGCCCCGAGUGGCACCACGAGCCUCCCCUCAUCUUCAACCUGGAUGACGAUGUCGCAGAAGCUGUGCCUCUGGACCGGGGUAGUGCCGAGUACCAGAGGGUGCUGCCCGAGGUCAGAGCGGCUCUCUCGGAGGUCCUUGAAGACAUUGCCGGCGACAACACCUCCCGAGCGGAUUACAGUCAGGACCCUUCCGUGACCCCCUGCUGUAAUCCCCACCAAACUGCCUGCCGCUGCCAGGCCGCGUGACGGAAACACCGGGAAGCGAGACGGGCGGGUUCACAUCCCGACUGCGGUUUUGCCCACUUCGCAGUGACGUGUGCUUUAAAAAUAAGGCUCAGAAGUUUGUUUUGAAGCCACCACUCCGCGUCCCCCGCUGUCCCUUCCACGUGCCGGCUUGAGGGCAUGCCGAGCCCGAGCUGUAAGAAAAGGCACCUGGGCUGUGGAGUCAGGAGUCAGACCAGGUCCCAGCCCCAGCUUUGAACUUGGGCAGUUGUUUAACGUAACUCGCAAGCUGAUCUUGAGGAGGAAACAGGUGAUACGUGCAAGUGCCUGUCUGGCACGCGACGUGACACCAAGCAGGCACUCGAUAUGUUCUAGUUGCCUUUUUUUUUAUGCACCCAGUUUUGCCCGUCAUUUGAACAGAGGCUCAUCCCGGCUGGCAUCUAGAGCAGCACCUCCGUCUUUCACAGGCGCACAGAUCACCUGGGAGCUUGUGACCAUGCGGACUCUGACCAGGUGGGCUGGGGGCGGCCUGAGGCGCUCCGUGUCUGGGAAGCUCCCCAGGGGGCUGCAGACCUGCCAAGGUGAGAGCUGCUUCCAGGCCGCAGAAGCCCACAGCCCUGCCCACCUGCCACCACCCCGUGCGACAGGUCAAACGGCUGUAUUUUAAAGAUUUUAGGGAUGCUUCCUGCUUUCAGAAACCACAAAGAAGUAAAGCUUUAAAGCCUCAAAAGUGCAUUG